AGUACAAUCCUUGAUAAGGUUUCACCUUUUUCCUAGGUCCAGGAUACCACCUAAAUUUCUGCAAAAUGUGAAAGGAGGGAAAGAAAAAGCACGUAGGGUAAUGAGCAUGGCCUGGGUUGCACUCAACUUCCUUUCACAGAGGUUUGUUAAAUGUAAAGCAAAGUAAGCAGAGCCUCUGAGCACAACCUUCAGAUCCAGUGAAAAUGCACUGAGAGAAAUAAUCACCUCUGGCAGGGCCACAAAUCAGCCAUUAUGCCUUUAUGAGCCAUUGUUUCCCUUACUGAUACGCAUCAGUUCUGAUACACAAAAAGCUGCUUUUGUGAAGCAGGAGGGAAAAGAAGAUCACUGGAAAUGGCAGAGUGAGUCAUGGUGUAGGUUAGGGUACCAUGGGCACGUUGUGGGAGCCCAAGUGUCAUUUGAGCAGCUUUAUAGACAACAGCCAAACAUCUUCGUGGACAAGUCUGUUCACUGUCUGUUUCAGCUCACCCAGCUUGGGAGAGGGCUGAGAUCCUUCUCAUCCAGCACUGGGGCUCAGUUGCUCACUCAAGACAAUGAGUUGGCAACUCAAGACACUGAAGUAGCUCAAAGCCCAACUACACUGAUUACAGUGACUGGAGCCAGUCUUUUGGUUUGAGAGCCUGAAGACAACUGGUUAUGCCUUGAAUCUACUGUGUUUUCACAUUUGGUCUCUUCACCAGAUCCACCUCAGCAUCAAAAGCCUAUGGGUGAGAGUCAGAGACCAGGGCAACAAAGGGAGCCUGCCAGUCUCUCAGCCUUACCUCUGUAAGAUAAUGAAGCAGAUCCUCCUAGAAGCUAUGCUAACACACAUGGAAGAGAGGGAGAGGAUAUGGAGCAACCAGCAUGGUUUCACCCAGGGUCAGCACUGGGACCAGGGAUCUUUACAUCCUCAUCAGUGACAUCAACAGCAGGAUCAAGUGCAUCCUCAGCAUGUUUGCAGAUGAAACCAAGCUGUGUGGCCCUGUUGACACAUCCAAGAAACAAGAAGCCAUCUGGAGAGACCUAGACAGGCUCAAGCAGUGGGACCAGGAGCACCUCAUGAGGUUCAACAAAGCCAAAUACAAGGUCUUGCAUCUGAGUCGUGGCAAGCUCCACUAUCAGUACAACCUGUGGGAUGUAAAGAUGGAGCACAGCCCUGCUGAAAAUGACUUGAGGGUACCGGUGGAUGGCAAACUGGAUGUGAGCCAGAAAUGUGCCCUCACAGCCCAGAAAGCCAAAUGUAUCCUGGGCUGCAGCAAAAGAAGCGUGAUCAGCAGGUUGAAGGAGGUGAUCCUGCCCUUCUACCCUGAGCUAGCGAGACCUCACCUGGAGUACUGCGUCCAGAUGUGGAGUCCUCAGUACAGGGGAGAUAUGGACCUGUUGGAGUGCAUCCAGAGAAAGGCCACAGAACUGAUCCAAGGGAUGGAACACCUCACCUCUGAGGAUAGACUUCACACAUCACUUUGCAUCUACUUAGUCAGGGUCAUGGCAGUCCCUGCCUUAACAUUAAGCCAUUACCCAAAAAUCAGACCCUGAAUAUAUUUCUCCAGGUUUAACUAAGCAAGGAACACAAUGCUUGAUUACGAGGCUUAACAGAGAAGAGACCCCACAUCUCUGCCAUCCUCAGGUGUUAACACUACCUAAUUAUCAAGAACUGCCUAGGCUUUCCAUUUAAUUUCAGAGCUGAAUAUAUGGCUUUUAAGUCCCUUCAGCCAGGCAUACUCUGUGUACUGGCUGGUAGACCUUACUCUCCAGACAUCUCUGAGAGCUCUGGCCAGGAUGACACAAUUCUCUUUCAACUCAACACCUUCAGGAUUAGCAGGUCUUCCUGUAGAAACCUUCACAGUCUUCAAAAGCUGCAAAAAACUGAAAAACUAUAAAAAUCCCUGCCAGGUAGGUAAAUGGAGGGUUAAUAUUCAAACUAUCUAGGAGGUUAUCGCUAAAAUGGGACUCCUGACAAGGAGUGAUGGUUUAUGGGCAUAGCUCCGCUGUGAGGGUCUCUUCAGAGCAAGUUUGUCUACCUUCUUUUGUUCAGGAAGUCCAUGUGUAGUAAAAAUCUAUAAAUAAGCUGAUAGGUCUGGAGACAGAAUGAAAAACAGCCACUGCAGGAUUAUUUAAUGUAUAGACAAACACAUGUUCACUUGAUCUGCCACGUAAACCUCAACUGUUCAAGUUUAUCAUUCACUGCCAAAAAUGCUAUUACAGCAGCUUGAGAUUUCAAAGACAGUUUUAUUCCUGUUUCUGACUGACCUUUGGGUGGAUUUUUUAACUCAGAAAAAAAGAAAAAGAAAAAAAUUUAUGUGCUCUGAAAUGGAGCUUAGAAGGUUUAACACAUUUCUAAGUAUAGACACAGUGAUUUAUGGGACCACUUUUUCUGGUUUUUAUAAGACUCUGUCUUUCUUCAGCAAUGAACAGUGUAUUGGUUGUGACAAGGACACCGGGAUUCUUUAAGACUUUAAUAUUAUUUAUGCUGUACAGUGCGUGAUCCAAUGGCCAAGAAACUGGACAUUUUAUUCAGCUCUGCCAUAGAUGUGCUGAACAACCCACGACCUUUCCCUUUAUAUGUCUCUUAUUCUCUGUAGUCAUGGUACACUGCGGCAGAAAUUUAUUUUCUCACUGUUUUCAAAGAGACCUGUACAACUUAGUCAUUCUGGCGGUACCAGCUGAUACUUACUUUUCAAAAAUCCCUGUUCCCCUGCAAGGUUUGACUACUACAGUUUCCAAGGGUUGGCCAGCCCAAUUGCAGUUGUAUCACCAUGCGGUUGAAGCUGUUAUGAUUGCUGAUGCUUGCAUUCAUCCAGACUAAUCCCAGCACCUGUUCCUGAGAGAUUACAAGCAAUGGUUUGCAUCAAGGUAUUAUACAGAUGGCCAAAUAAAGGAGGGCAGACUAGUUGUGUUAAGAGCUGGACAAGUGCAUCAUAGAAAGGUAAUGCAAAAACCAGAAAGAGCACAGGUUUAACUGUGGUUCUGCAAUGGCACAGUCAAGUUUCACCCUUACAUGCGUCUCUAAUAUCCAAGUACUCAAGCAUUUGCAUCACACCACCCAAAUGAAUGAGUAUUCAUGAAUUUAAUAGAAAACUAUCACCAAUAAAGGUGUGAAAGCUUUAUGUUGGAAUUCCCACAAUUUGCUUGGCCACACACAAAAAAUCUGGCUCCACUCCCAGGCAGAAAGAAGUCCUAAUUAAUUUGUUUAAUUUGCUGUGAAUAUUACAGUAGUAGAGAUCCUGUUCAUAGGACACAAUUUCUACUGGUGUUCCCCAGAUCUCUCACAAGCACUGGUGCCAUG